AGCACUGAAGUUUUCACAACUUCUACUUCUGUCCAUGCAGAAGCAAGGACGGCCUGCGACCUUCCAACCACUAGUGCGUCCUUCCUCGUAGCAGGUCAUUUGGAACCAGCAAAUCCCGACACCUAGCCAUCAUUUCCACUCUUGCGUUCUCAAAAGAUCAUAAAACGGAAAGGACCCGCGGGUUGGCAAACCCCAAAGAGGAACCGCCCAGGAGCAGGUCUGCGUCCUUGGGAUCUCAGCAGCCAACGACCCCAAAUCAAAUCGAUGGUGGGAAACCCCAGGGACAGAAGGGCUCUUGCAGAGGGCCAGGUUUACAGAGUGCAGGCUGCAGGGAAGUACCGAGGGGGAGGGGGCCUGGUCGGGAGGACUUUCCAGCCACUCAGGGCUCCUCGAAAAGUUCCCUGUACUUGACCCCAGUGGCUCAUCUCAGGGAGUUUCUCCAAUGAACCCCGGCCCAGAGCUCAGGGCUGCUCCGCCAAGGCCGAGGCCAGUUCUCUUUUUCUGGUCUGACUGGCUUGGAAAUUCCCCGCGCCUGACCCCGCCCCGGAGAAAUCCCCUGCCAGCGCUUAUAGGGCGCCGCGGCGGCGCUGGCGAGCCCACAACAGUCGAGCACGCCGUCCUGCCCGCUGCACCGCCGCCGCCGCCGCCGCCGAGCCAGCGCGCAGCCCGCCGCCCAGCGCACCUGGGGACAGCGCCCGGAGCUCUCAGCGCGCCAUGUUCCAGCCGGCCGAGCACGCCCAGGAGUGGGCCAUGGAGGGCCUGCGGGACGGACUGAAGAAGGAGCGGCUGCUGGAUGACCGCCACGACAGCGGCCUGGACUCCAUGAAGGACGAGGAGUACGAGCAGAUGGUGAAGGAGCUGCGCGAGAUCCGCCUGGAGCCGCAGGAGGCGCCGCGCGGCGCCGAGCCCUGGAAGCAGCAGCUCACCGAAGACGGAGACUCGUUCCUGCACUUGGCCAUCAUCCACGAAGAGAAGGCACUGACCAUGGAAGUGAUUCGCCAGGUGAAGGGCGACCUGGCCUUCCUCAACUUCCAGAACAAUCUGCAGCAGACUCCACUCCACUUGGCUGUGAUCACCAACCAGCCAGAAAUCGCAGAGGCACUUCUGGAAGCUGGCUGUGAUCCUGAGCUCCGAGACUUUCGAGGAAAUACCCCCCUACACCUUGCCUGUGAGCAGGGUUGUCUGGCCAGUGUAGGAGUCCUGACGCAGACCUGCACAACACAGCACCUUCAGUCCAUCCUGCAGGCCACCAACUACAAUGGCCACACAUGUCUGCACUUAGCGUCCAUCCAUGGCUAUCUGGGCAUCGUGGAGCAUCUGGUGUCUUUGGGUGCUGAUGUCAAUGCUCAGGAGCCAUGUAAUGGCAGGACAGCCCUCCACCUCGCAGUGGACCUGCAGAAUCCUGACCUGGUGUCGCUCUUGUUGAAGUGUGGGGCUGAUGUCAACAGAGUUACCUACCAAGGCUACUCCCCAUACCAGCUCACCUGGGGCCGCCCGAGCACCCGGAUACAGCAGCAGCUGGGCCAGCUCACCCUGGAAAAUCUCCAGAUGCUGCCUGAGAGCGAGGAUGAAGAGAGUUAUGACACAGAGUCAGAGUUCACAGAAGAUGAGUUGCCUUAUGAUGACUGUGUAUUUGGAGGCCAGCGCCUGACAUUAUGAGAAGAAAGUGUCAAAAAGAAGACGUAUAUUUGUACAUUUGUAUAUUUGUACAAAAAAGAGUUUUAUUUUUCUAAAAAAAAAAAAAAAGAGGGGGGA